GGCAGAAGGGAAAACAAAAACAUGGUCGGCAAGAGAUCUCUCCCUACGCCUUUGGUUGGUAAACCCAAGAGCGGUGCAAAUAACAGAAAGAAAAGCACCAGCAGUUACGGAGGCAGAGGAGGAGGAGGGGGAAAUGGAGACUUGGAAUCCGGAACAGGCUACGAGACCUACCAUGAUGAAGUGAAUGCAAAUGGAAACAACGACGCAAGACCUCGCCCGAAAAUUCUCGACGGAAAGGCUCCCAAGCCGGGCAUCUGGAGAUUCCGCGAUGCAGCGCGUACGGCACUGGAAGAUGAGCGGAGAGAGGAUUUGAAAAAUAAGCUCUUGACGCAUAUCAAUCAUGACGAGCUCGAACGGUUUCGCAAAUCCGAUGAGGAGUUGAAGGAGAUGAAGAAGAAGGAAGUUCGUAAAUUCUAUGAGGCGCAGAAUGAGCGGUUGAAUGAUUGGCUCGAGGUCGAUGCGAUUGUGAUGGCAGUGGCAGAUGAUGUUCUUGAAUCCAUGGACCCCGAUCCCGACAACGACGGAACGCGCGAGAGAGGCGGUGGGAUUCAGGAUGUACAGGGGAAUAUCUAUGAACUCUUGCCAGACGACGAGAAGAAGAAACGGGCGCAAGCGGAGAAACGAGCGAAAUGGGCAAUCAACGUCAACGUAAUCGCCAACAUCCUCCUCCUCGCGGGAAAAAUCUUCGCCGCAUCAACCACCGGCUCUCUCUCCCUAAUUGCCAGCCUGUUAGAUUCCGCCUUGGACCUCCUCUGCACCGUGAUUGUCUGGACGACGAACAAAAUCGUCGGCUGGAGACUCGAUCGGCUGCAAAAACGAUUUCCCGUCGGCCGCAAACGUCUCGAACCCUUGGGGAUUCUGGUCUUUUCCAUCAUCAUGGUCAUUUCGUUUGCGCAAAUUCUGCAAGAAUCCGUCGAGAAGUUGAUGCCGUUGGAAGGAGAGGCUGAAGCCUUGGGAAAUGCGGCCAUUGCUGCUUUGGUCGCGACGGUGGUUGUCAAAGGCAUCAUCUGGUUCGGCUGUUCCCCAAUCAAAACCACCCAAGUCCAAGCCCUAGCCAAAGACUGCAAAACCGACGUCAACUUCAACACCCUCUCCCUCCUCUUCCCCCUCAUCGGCUACUACGCCGACAUCUGGUGGCUCGAUCCCGCCGGCGCCGCCAUUCUAUCCAUCUUCAUCAUUUUCGAUUGGGCCUCGACGUGUUUUGAAAAUAUCACGAGAUUAUCAGGUCAAGCUGCUGAUACGGAGUUUAUCAAGAAAUUAAUGUACAUCGCCUACCGCUUCAGUCCCGUCGUGCAAGGUUUCAAAAGCGUCACUGCCUACCACGCGGGAGAUGGCGUGUGGGUGGAAAUUGACGUGCUCAUGGAACCCGACACGAAAUUGCAUCACGCGCACGACGUCGCCGAGACGUUACAGUAUUGCUGUGAAGGGUUGCAAGAGGUGGAUCGGUGUUUUGUCACCAUUGAUUAUAGCUCGAGUGGACCCACAGGACAUGCGAACGAUGCCGAGAGAGUGUGAUACUGCCUGCUAACUUGGAGAGUUUGAUCAAGUUGGCUACAUGCAGCCGGGAGGCAGGGUAGAGAGAAUUGAGACGAGGAAUAUCUGAGAAGAAAUGAUAUGGAUACACGCAGAAUGGUAGUAGUUGUCUAUUCAUUACUACGAGGCCUUCCAAUUGCGAAUACCCUUUUGUGGUUUGUUCCCCCUGAUCACGUACUUCAUCGCUUGCUCCGGCCUCAUGACACCAAUAUGUCGGUAUCGGAGUGCCCAGCCUCGAUCGUCUGCGCCUGUGCCGGUAAUCACCGCAAACUUUCGAAACCUGCUGGCGUGGAGCAGAGCCCAUCCUGCAAACCACUCAACCAGCACGUCUGCUGCAGCUUCCUGGUCACGUUCCCACAGCCCAGCAAAGCUCGGAAGUAAAUCAGGGUUGAUGGAGACCAAGUGUGAUGUAGCCAACGGAUUGGGUGGAUCCUCGAGGUCUUCGUCCUCUGGUGGGCAAAGAUCACACACGGCCCCAUACAAACGCAACCAGCGCUCAUCCGGUCGGCCUCGUUCUAUGAAAUUUUCCAGCAGGAAACGUUUCAGUCCGGGCCGGGCGACGAUCUUGUACACCUCGGCACCUUCCGGCUUGCUGCUUGUAGCAUUGAGGAAGUUCUGUAUGAUCUCGGUGGCCUCUUCUGGAUAGUGAGCGAUCAGAUCAUCAGUUAAGAGCGCAGCGCCACCGAGAGGAAACAACCGCGUGCAUUCAAAAACAUCCUCCCGGUCGUCUAGAAGUGCUGCAGUAUGGUCGAUGCCAAUCGUGAAGAAAGAGGUAGGACGCAAUGUCAUUUCGUGUAAUUUGGGAAUGCGCCAAAGAGGUGUAUUCGGAUGCACUAAGACCACACCAGCUCUGUCGUAUCUUUUGCAGAAGUAAGACCACGAUCCAGGCAUUCCGGCGUGAUACACCCUGCACUUCAUCUCGACGAAUACUUGCUUCAAGAAAUCAAGCUCGGCCGCGUGUGCAGGAGGUAUCAUAAGGAAGACGGCUUCGACCCCUUUAUCAAAGAUGCGGCUACGCUCCACUUGCGCCAACACUUCACCGACGAUGAGAGCAGGAGACCGUGGAUCAAGUCUCAUGGGUGUGAGUCUCGAGCUCAGCCUGCGUCGAAGAUCCGGACAGCCGUCAAAUGCACAGAGCUUCAGCGAGGCACUACUGUCCGAAGGCAGACCCGGCGUAUCGAGGAACUUCCACUGUUCGGCGUUGCUCGGAUAGACCAGUAUGUUCGUUGCGCUGUAACCCUCCACAGAGGCAAGCAAACAGCACUCGUGCAGCUUACAAAGCUCUGCUGCGCUUGAUACCUCGUGUUUCGGAGACACAUCCAUAUGUAUGACCGCAGAAGCUGCGUUGGAACUGUUCUGUAUGUCCUGCCAGAGCACAGCUUGCACAUCGCUGGUCAAUAUCGCGUGCUCUGCGCAAAGGACCGGACUAUCUCCUACCAUACGCGUAAACAUAUCGUCUCCGAAUACAUCGAGUGUGAGUCGAAUGCUAUGAGGAUGCUCGCUGCCUUGGUGGUACAGCUUGAGCAUCGCACUUCUCGUGAUCACUGCGGCAGACGCACUGCCGACAUCCCACAGCGAGUUUCCUGAUUCUGGUGAUAUCUGGGGGCCAGGCAAAGAUGUGUGCAUAGGUGACGCUAUUAGUGGCUCUGGUGACAAGACCAGAUCAGAAGCGCCAUGAAACCCCAUACGUGCGGGAGUUGCUUCUGGCACCUUUGCGUACUGCGGCUCACCAAACACUGGUCUGUCAAAAGACUGUCGUGGUACCUCCGCAUCCGCGCCUGACGUCCAUCGAUGAUUCCCCAUAGGCGCCAAGUUGGUUCUGGGCUCUGGCGCCUCGUUCGACCGGAGCAUAUUCUUGAGUAUACCAGGUGGCGGCGGCGCGUUGAAACCAGUAUCCGAGUGUGAGAAUGGGCAGUACUUGCCCUUUUUGCAACUAUUCUGGGUACGCCAGAAGUAGCAAGUAAGAUCGCUAGAAUGCUGCUUGCCACUAUCGGGACGCUUCCUAGUCUUUUGCGGGUCUCGUGACAUGGUAGAUUGUGCAUACACGAGUUGGCUCGCUCUCACAUCUUCGACCGUGACGCCUGGCGGUGGAGCAUCAUAUGGUGUGUCAUGAUGGGCAUACUUGCAGACAGCUCCGCGCUUGCAAAUUCCGUGAGUGCGGAAGAAAUGGCAACGGAGUUGGCCAGGAUCAUACCGUUCGUCUGGUGGCGGCAGUCUCAGUUUUGAGGCAUACUCGCCACCUAUCUUCGUUGCAUCGCCAGCCGCGAAAGAAUGCGCGAAGCUGCAAUUCUGCGCACUGUGUUUGCAAGUGCCCUCUCGCCAAAAACGGCAUAUGGCAGUCUUUCGGAUGGAAAGCGAUGCGUUCGCAUCACCUGAUGUAGCAGAAUGUUGGUGCUCCGAGGUGUUCUCCGCACGCAGAUCGCUAGCAGAGCCCUCGGUGGAGCGUACAGGCAAUGCUUCGGGGUUCCUAGCACUGGGCGGUGGCGACCGUCUCGAAUACGCGCCAUCGAUACCGCUCACGAUCGUAGCAGGAGGGGUACUGGCAGUCACUCCUGGAGCAGUACUGGUUCCCGUAGCUGUCUUUGUGGCAGACUGUUCUGCUGCCGCGACUGAAGCAGUGCUGACUUUGGACGGCACAACCACGUUCCCCGUUUUCGGAUCGAUAAUGUUCAAGGCACUAAGAUCAGGAGCACCUUCCUCGCGAGUGCUCUUCUGGACUGCGUGCUGCAUCCGAAGAUGAAGAAACCCAGGCCGUGCUGUCUCAUCAACUACGGACCCGACCUUCGGUACACGUUUGCGCUUUUUAGCCUCGCCAUCCCAGUUUGACAUAACGUUCUUCGACUUCUUAGCUCGAGCGGGUAAGGCGACUGAAGCACUACUGCUUGGCACGUUCUUCCUAGGUAUGGCAGACUGGGAUGAUUGAGUUCGCAUUGGGGCAGAUGGCCGUUGUUGCGGCUGUGCUUCGUGUAUACGCUCAUCUUGCGUGACCUGUGAUUUUGAGUGUGAGUUGAGACGCUGCUUCUUUGGCGAUACCACGGAGGAGGUUUGAGAACGCUUCCUGCGGACGUCUUCCCUGGAGGGUCUCUUGAUCGAUGAUGGUGAUCGGAGUUUGACUUUCUGGGAGCCUGUUACUACCAGUGACUCCUCGCUGUCGUCCGAUGUGAUUUCUGCAGAUUCGUCACUAGAAGACGAGGCAUUUCGCUGCUCACGGCGUGGCUUCGUGAGUUUCUGAGCCACACCCUUGCGAUGAACAGGCUGCUGUGGCGGUGCACGACGGUUGGCUGUGCGCAACGCCAAAGGCGCAUCAUCUUCAGAAUCUUCCUCUUCGUGAGAGUCUGCGGCGUGCGUGCUUUCCUCUUCCAACGUGUCCGGGCGAGUUGGCAGAUUCUUCUUGCGACGUUUGGCAUUUCUUCGAGCUCGUCUGCGAUUCUUCUCGUCUCGAUGCUUCUCCCAUUCUUUUUGCCACUGAUGCUGGUCAAACGCCUGUUCGCGCCCAUCUCUCACGGCCUUCAGGUGCCGACGCCAUUCCACCCAUAUUUCACUGUCGUCAGGAGGGAGGCCGUCACGCGGCUCCCAGGUCGCUUCAGGCGUCGCAUAGCCCUGCCACUUGAUGAGGAAAUAGUUGUCUUUCUGACUGAGAAUCUUCUCAAUGUCGUACAACCCAUCGCCGUCGUCUUGAGUGGUGUAUUCGGUGCCUAUAGAGUCGUCCUCGGAAUCCGUGUAGAAGAGCUUCGGAGACAUUACCGCCUAAGUAUGUCUCAGGGCUUGCAACAACAUGAAAUCAGCGACUCCAACGCAAACCGAUGGCGCCCAGUGGCAAGACUCCGAAGUGCGAGGAUAAGGUAAUGUACCUAGUCAGUGUAC